AUGAUUUCAGAUGAUAUUCCCGAUUUGGUUGGACUCGAUGACGAACCCCCCACAAAAAAGGUUCCGGUAACAAUCCUUACUGGCUUUCUUGGUGCAAUGAUUUCAGAUGAUAUUCCCGAUUUGGUUGGACUCGAUGACGAACCCCCCACAAAAAAGGUUCCGGUAACAAUCCUUACUGGCUUUCUUGGUGCAGGAAAGACGACCUUGCUGAAUUACAUUCUCACUCGGUCACAUGGAAAGCGUAUAGCGGUAAUUCUGAAUGACUUCGGUGAAGGGUCAGCCCUUGAGUCAAGCGUUGCAGUCAAACAACAGACAGGCGACAUGUUUGAAGAAUGGCUUGAACUCCGAAAUGGAUGCCUCUGCUGUUCUCUAAAAGACCCCGGUGUGAAGGCGAUUGAAAACCUGAUGAAACGUCGAGGGGACUUUGAUUACGUGCUGAUCGAAACAACUGGUCUGGCGGACCCAGGCCCUAUUGCUUCUAUCUUUUGGCUUGACGAGAGUCUCUGCAGUAAACUCUUCCUGGACGGAAUAGUCACUGUUUUGGACGGGAAAUAUUGCCUCUCCCAAAUGACAAGCGAUACUACUGGUCAAGUGAACGAUUGCGAAAGGCAGAUAGCACUGGCAGAUGUUUUGAUCCUGAACAAGGUGGAUUUGAUUUCCGAUCACCACAGGAAUAAGGUGCUCGAUCGGGUGCGAACAAUCAAUUCAGCAGCUCGACUACUGCAAACAACCUACUCACAAGUGAACUUGGAUGAUAUCCUCGACCUCAAUAUAUAUUCUGCAACUCCGAAACCAGGAAAUUUCGAAGUUCAAAAGAUUGAAAACGGUUCGCAUUUGGAUCAGAGAAUAUCCACAGUUACGAUUGAACUCAGUGAGAAGGUACUACGACGUCUGUUUGAGGGCUUCGUCGAAUCCUUGCUUUGGGAAAAGCGAAUUUCUUCCGGAAAUGGUGAACCUAUUGUGGUUAUGCGGCUUAAGGGUUUCGUCCGCUUUGCUGGUGAUGAACACGUUUACAUACUACAGGGAGUCAAUGAACUGUAUGACUUAAAUCCGGUGCCUCCAGAGCACACAACUUCCUUUCCUCCCGUUGGACUUCGCCUAGUAUUCAUUGGUAAUGUUCUCAUACUUGCGAAGCGGAUCUGCCGCUCAACAGUGUUUGAAAGGCUAGCUUCCGUAUAUUUAUUUUGUGCGGAACCGAAUGUGGUGAUUAUAUACUCGUCUACACUGGAAACUGACAACAAAAACGCCAUUGACAUCGAUUGCCAGCCGUAUGUUGCAGCAUCCCCAACUGGCUACCGUGGAGAUCGCGUGGUCACCAUCCUGGAGGCUUCGAAAACUGACCUCUGUCACACCACAGUCGAAGUUGGUACAACUUUCAAUAUACGUAAAACGCUCCACAACUUCGAGUGCCUCUUCUGGGUUGUAAGCGGUGAGUUCAGUUACUGUAUUUGUGCGAGCAUGAAUUUUCACUCUGCGGGUGCACAGCACACGCAACAGGACAGGUUGCCUUUUGUCAGGUCAUCCAAAAGCCUCCGCCCCUUCUCCUUUUUGGAGAGGAGAUAUCGUCUGCAUAUUCCAGCUCAGCAGAUAUUUGAACACCGGGGAUGUGAAUACCCUCCAGC